AUGCAAAAUUUGGUGCGUGUAUGUGCCCUAUUUUCUGAUCCGCGCAAAACAAUCCUCGACCUUAUCACACGCCCAGCCAACUCCCUUACGACACGCCCAAUUCUUGCCUGGCAAACGAUCAUUCAAGAUUGCAGGGCGACCGAGUUGACCGUCCAGUCGGAGCGUGCUUUCCAGAAGCAGCCUCAUAUCUUCCAGAACUCCAAGGUCAAGACCAAGUCUGCCCGACCUGGCAAGGGCGGCCGAAGAUGGUAUAAGGAUGUUGGUCUGGGUUUCCGUACCCCCAAGACUGCCAUUGAGGGCAGCUACAUCGACAAGAAGUGCCCCUUCACCGGUCUCGUCUCUAUCCGUGGCCGUAUCCUGACCGGCACCGUCGUUUCCACCAAGAUGCACCGAACUGUCAUCGUCCGCCGCGAGUACCUCCACUUCAUCCCCAAGUACUCCCGAUACGAGAAGCGCCACAAGAACCUCGCUGCUCACGUCUCCCCCGCUUUCCGUGUUGAGGAGGGUGACCAGGUCACCGUUGGCCAGUGCCGUCCUCUGAGCAAGACUGUCCGAUUCAACGUCCUUCGCGUGCUGCCCCGAACUGGCAAGGCAGUCAAGAAGUUCAGCAAGUUCUAA